ACAACAUAAAAUUUCGAAAAUGACUCUAACUAAUAGAAUGGAAGUAGAUGAGAAGAAUGCAAAGGGAGAAGGUUUUAAACCGUACUAUAUAACGAAGAUCGAAGAACUACAACUAAUAGUAGCAGAGAAGAGUCAGAAUUUAAGAAGAUUGCAAGCACAGCGUAAUGAAUUAAAUGCGAAAGUGCGUAUGUUACGAGAAGAGUUGCAGCUUUUACAAGAACAAGGUUCCUAUGUUGGAGAAGUUGUAAAACCGAUGGAUAAAAAAAAAGUUUUAGUUAAAGUUCAUCCUGAAGGAAAAUUUGUGGUAGAUUUGGAUAAAAAUAUUGAUAUUAAUGAUGUAACACCAAAUUCAAGAGUAGCUUUGCGCAAUGAAAGUUAUACAUUGCAUAAAAUUUUGCCUAACAAAGUGGAUCCGCUUGUUUCAUUAAUGAUGGUAGAAAAAGUACCAGAUUCUACUUAUGAAAUGGUAGGAGGCUUAGAUAAACAAAUAAAAGAAAUCAAGGAGGUUAUCGAAUUGCCUGUUAAGCAUCCAGAGUUAUUUGAUGCGCUUGGUAUCGCUCAACCAAAGGGUGUUCUUUUAUAUGGUCCACCAGGAACAGGAAAAACUUUGUUAGCAAGAGCCGUAGCACAUCACACGGAAUGCACAUUUAUUCGUGUAUCCGGUUCAGAGUUAGUGCAAAAGUUUAUCGGUGAAGGAUCAAGAAUGGUUCGUGAAUUGUUUGUAAUGGCAAGAGAACAUGCUCCUUCCAUAAUAUUCAUGGAUGAAAUUGAUUCCAUUGGUAGUUCUCGUAUUGAAUCUGGAUCGGGUGGUGACAGUGAGGUUCAACGAACCAUGUUGGAAUUACUUAAUCAACUAGAUGGUUUUGAAGCAACAAAAAAUAUCAAAGUUAUUAUGGCCACUAAUAGAAUAGACAUUUUAGAUCCUGCUUUACUUCGACCAGGUCGUAUAGAUCGUAAGAUAGAAUUUCCACCUCCUAAUGAAGAAGCCAGACUUGAUAUUCUUAAAAUUCAUUCUAGAAAAAUGAAUUUAACGAGAGGUAUAAAUUUAAGAAAAAUUGCUGAACUUAUGCCAGGUGCAUCAGGAGCAGAAGUUAAAGGUGUCUGCACAGAAGCUGGUAUGUAUGCUCUUAGAGAACGACGAGUUCAUGUAACUCAAGAAGAUUUCGAGAUGGCUGUUGCUAAAGUCAUGCAAAAAGAUUCGGAGAAAAAUAUGUCGAUUAAAAAAUUGUGGAAAUAAUUAUUUCAGACAAUCGGCCAGAUUGUAUAUCAAUUAUUGCCACAUUUACAACUUUUCUAAGAAGGUUUCUAAUAUAUAUAUAUAUAUAUAUAUAUAUAUAUUGAUCAAAUUGUGUUGUACGUAGAAAAAUAAAAUUAGUUAACUUUAAAAAGAAAAUCAUAAGAUUACUUGUUUGAUAUUCGUAUUACUUCUAUUCAAACUAAUAUGAAUAAAAAAUACCAGGCUCGUAAAAAUAUUUACACUAUAAAAUUUAGAUCAAAUUGUGUUUUAUUAACAUGAAUAAAAAUAAUUUUGUAAAAUGUAAUUCAAUUUAAAUUAUUCUAAAGAAUCAAGUAUAUUACUUUUGUUUUAAAAAAUAAUCUUUAAAAUUUAACAUAAUUAACAAUAAAUUAUAGAAUUAUUCUUUUCGUAAUAAAAAAACUAUAAUUUACUCAUAGUUGAACGCUGAACUAUGUUAACCACGAUAUCGAAUCUUUAUCUACUCUUAUAUAUUUCUAUUUAUUUAUUUGUUCUGACAAGAGUGAAAUAUAUUAAAGUCUAACCAAUUUUACGACCUCCCUGCUUCGUGGCCUUGAUUAUAUAAGAAAAUGAAAUUAACGAAUUAUAUACGUACAUACGAUUUCAGAAGGUUGAAUAAUAGAAUUAUGAAAAUUGCUUAAAGAAUUAUUGAUAAAAAAUAUAAUCUGACUGAAAUAUUCUCUCUCUUUGUAACAUAUAAACAGUUGCCCUAUUUUUUCUUAAUCCCUAAUAUAAAAUGUAGCGCGCUUUCAUAUAAGAUGAAAUUUCAUUUUAUUUUAUAUACCUUUUGUUUCUUAAAUAUAAUAUAAUCAAAUUGUGAACUAUUUAUAUAUACAUAUAUACAUAUAAUGCGUUUUCUUUACAUUCAUGAUUAUUAUAAAAUUUUGGAGUCGCUAAGAUUUUUAUUUAUAAAUUAAAAAAUUAUAAUUGUCACAAACGUUUUUCUAAAUUACUGUACAUAUAUAUGUGUAUAUAUAUAUAUAUAAUUUCACAUUUUCCAUUGUAGAAACAAAACGCAAAAAAAAGCGAACUUGCAAAUUUGCUAUUUAAGUUUAAGAAAACUUCACAUGUAAGUGUCCCGUCUAUAUAAUUAUUUUUAAUUUGUUAAUUUACUAUAAGUGCAAACGGUAUUAAAUAUAAAUUUUUUCGGGAAAUAGCUUCUUAAAAAUAAAUACAUAAAUCUUUUGCGUAAGUAAAAGACAGUACAUAAAAAA